ACUCCCCCCUCCCCUCAUGUCGAGUGUGGAGCCGUUGCCCGGCGCGAGCGGUCCGGAGCGGACGGCGGCCGCCAGGACGCGCGCUCAGCCGCCCGGACGGACGGCCGCCGUGUGCCGGAGCCUCUUCGGGCCGAUCGACCACGACGAGCUGAGGCGGGAGAUGAGUCGGCGGCUGAGGGAGUGCGGCGACCGGGACCGCAGGCGCUGGAACUUCGACUUCCAGACCGAAACGCCGCUGGAGGGGGAGUUCGAGUGGGAGUCCAGCAGCGCCCGGGAGUCGCCGGGUUUCUACCGGGAGACGGUGCAGGGCCGCGGGAAGGGGCGGCCGCCGGCGCCUCAGGCCGUCUGCCCGCCUCAGGCCGCCGCCGGGGAGACGCCGGGGCGGCUGCACAGUCAGGAAAACAACCAGGAGAACCGGUCGGUCAACGUGCACCCGAGCGGCAGAGCCAACAAACACUCGGCCUCCCGGAGACCCGGUACCGGCACCGCCAACAACAACAACAACACUCACAUCACAGAUUACUUUGCCAAGAGAAAGAGGAUAGUGGGGUCUAAGGGUACGAGUGAGAACGUGUCUCUGUGCCCUCCUGUACCUGGAGAACAGCCUCCAAGGAAGAGGAUACGAUAAGAGAGAGGGACGAGGAGAAGGAGGAAGAAAGAGAAGGAAAAGAUAUUUGCACUCCACUCUGGUGAUUUUUUAAAAAAUAUUUUUUAAGAAAAACACAAAGAAAUUGUCUGACAGAUCAUCGUUGUCAAACAUUGGGCUGAACAGAACAAGAAUGGACACAAUUGGAAUGACGGAAGGAUGGAUGGAGCAUUCUUUGGGAUGUAGCAUCAACCCUACACAAGCCACUGAUUCAGGGUUAAAGGACUGCAGUGUGCAAUUCAAACCAAGACUAUUGCAUAUUUUUAUUCGUAAUAUAUGCAUUAAACUUCCAGAGUGGCCCAGAAAUGUAAAGCCACAAUGAAUAAAUCACUGGGGGAGAGACAUGGUACACUCUGAAAUCUCAGUGCAACUCGUGAUGUAAAUUUGUAAAAAAAACAAAAGCUUAUUACUAACUUAUUUCUUAUUUAUGUUCGGAUUUUUUUUUGUUUUGAAUUGAUUUAUGGAACCAAUAUAACUCCCCUUAUCCUGUGGGACCAAAGGGCACCCAAGGCACGCUUUAUUUACUGAAACAAGAAUGUAAAUAUGUUGUUUUUUAGUUUCCGUGUCUCUUUUUUGUGUGUUCACAUUGCUGUUCGUAGUUAAAUCGUCUUUAGUAUAUACUUGAAGGUCUGAGCCGUAUCUGUACGUACCACUGCCACUUUUAAUUGGGGGAAACAAUUGGAAAGAGAAAAAAAAACACCCAAUCUUUCACCUGAAUAAAUGAAUGCAAUUUCAUUACA